UCCUUUGUAGCACCUCUUCUGUCCCUGAACUUCACCCUGUCCUCCACGUGAGCUGUUGUGGACGAGGCCACCACAGAGGUCCCUGCAGAAUAGAGAUUUUACUGCUGAAUCUGCAGUCUGCAAUAAAUGUAGCUAAAAGUGGUACCAGACUGAUAUUCCCAGGCUCUCUAGCAGUUCUCCAUGGAGCUGGUCCCUCUUUCGCCACCACCGCUGCUGCUGCUGCUGCUGCCGCCGCUCUGUGUCUUCUGCAUCUACUUCACGUUGACAUGGAGGAAGAAGGGAGUUAAAGGCCCCCUGCCCCCUGGGCCCACCCCAUUCCCCAUCCUGGGGAACUUCCUCCAACUGGACCGAAAGAAUAUGGUCAAGUCCCUGAUGAAGCACUCACGUGUUUCUUGGCAGAUGAGCGAGGUGUACGGCCCAGUGUUCACCGUGUACCUGGGACUGCAGCGGGUCGUGGUCCUGUGUGGCUACCAAGCAGUGAAGGAGGCCUUGGUGGAUCAGGCAGAGGAGUUCAGUGGGCGAGGGCAGCUGCCAGCCUUCUCCAAGGACUUCAACCAGCAUGGGAUUGUGUUUGCCAACGGGGACCGCUGGCAGCAGCUCCGGAGGUUCACCCUCACCACCCUGCGGAACUUCGGGAUGGGGAAGAGGUCCAUUGAAGAGCGGAUCCAAGAGGAGGCCCAGUGCCUGGUGGAGGAGCUCCAAAAGACGGCAGGGACGCCCUUUGACCCCACCUUCCUUCUUAGUCGAGCUGUCUCCAACAUCAUCUGCUCCAUUGUGUUUGGGAAUCGGUUUAAGUACAACAAUGAAAAAUUCCUCACGUUGAACAAGCUGAUAACGGAACGUUUCCGCAUUGCAAGCUCAGCCGAAGCAGCGCUCUACAACAUCUUCCCGGAGAUCAUGGAGAAGAUCCCUGGAGCACAUCACGCAGGCAACAAAUGCUCUCAGCGCAUCAUCAGCUUCAUAAAGGAGAGGAUCCAGAUGCAGCAGGUCUUGCUGGACCCUUGCGCCCCCCAAAAUUACAUUGAUUGUUUCUUGGCAAAGAUGGAGCAGGAAAAGCACAACCCAGAUUCUGAAUUCUGUAUGGAGAAUUUGGUCAUGGCCACAUUCAAUUUGUUCUUUGCUGGGACAGAAACGAUCAGCACCACCUUGAGAUACAGUUUCCUCCUCCUGAUGAAGUACCCGCAGGUGCAAGAAAAGCUUCAUGAGGAAAUUGACCGGGUGAUUGGACCAGGCCGCUCACCCGCGGCUGAGGACAGGAGGAAGAUGCCCUACACGGAGGCGGUCCUGCACGAGGUCCAGAGGUUCAGCGACAUCCUGCCCAUGAGCCUUCCCCACGCAGUCACUCGGGACACCCACUUCAGGGGAUACGUCAUCCCGAAGGGGACAUAUAUCUACCCUCUACUCAGCACGGUGCACUAUGACUCUGAGCAUCACGCCAGCCCUGAGCAGUUUGACCCCGGGAGAUUCCUGGACAGCCAUGGCCGUUUCAAGAGGGCAGAUGCCUUCAUGCCGUUCUCAGCAGGGAAGCGCCUGUGCCUGGGCGAGGGACUGGCCCGCAUGGAGCUGUUCCUCUUCUUCACCGCCAUCCUCCAGGCCUUCACUCUCACAUCACCGGAGCCCCUGGGCGAGGUCAGCAUCGUGCCCGAUGCCAGUGGCGUCAGCCGGGUGCCCAUGAGAUACCAGAUGUUGGUGCUGCCACGCCAAUCUUGAUAGCCUGCUUUCCGGCCACGUUUUGCCUCCCAUCACACCCUCUUCAAAUGCUGUGAGAGGUUCCCUUUAGCAGCGCACUUCAUUGGCAGCAAAUUCUUGGGACCAGCACCUGAUGCCACUUUUCGCUCCCUCGAGGGCGUGGCUGCUGCCUCCCCCGACCAUCGCCCCGGCUGUCAAAAUCUGGGAAAUGCUGCUCUGGGAACCGGCACCCGGAGCCCAUUGGCCGUUUGGAGUCCAGAGCAGUUUCCUUUCCAAAGGGGCAACACAGCCGCUCCAUAUGUUUAUGGGGGGGGGCUUUUCCCGCAGCCUGCAAAUGCAAACAGUGCUUGGAAUAAAAUGUGCUAAUUUCGACAAG